GUCGUUGGUUUGUCACGGUACAUGGAACAGCAAGACUCAACGCUUACGUGGAAGAAGGCGAAAGGGGCCACGAAGAAGAAAAAGAAAACGAGUAGGAAGAGCAAGAAGAAUCAUGCCAACAGCUCAAGUGAAGACGAAGUGAAUGUAGUUCAUCGAGUCAAUCGUGCAGACGGUGAGAUGCCGGAGGGUGCACGGACUACGGACGACGAAGACAUUCAUACGCAAGGACUUUCGGACGAGUUUCGUGCCCUCGAUAUAAAUCUGGAUGAACCGCUCCGGCCAGAUGAGGUGGUUCGAGGUCCACAGGCAUAUAAUCGUCAAAAUGCUGGUCCACGACCUGUCCUUGUACCUCGUUCGCCUACAACAACAUCGUAUCAGGGCCGGACGCUUCCAAAGUUGGAUGAUCCAGUCAAGAAGAAAAAGGAGAGGAAAGGCGGUGAUGAUGGAAGGAAGAAGAAGAGGGUCCCGAUCGCUAUGGAAUCAGCUAAGAACAGUGAGUUAGACAUAAAUGCAUGGCUGAGGGAUGAAGGAUCUCCUAUAGUUGAUACCCAUGGUAGAGACAACAGUACUGAUGGUUUUCUGAAGGAGGCCUCUGGUGUCUGCACGCCGUCGAAUCCGAAUCUGGAUAGAGGAAUAGGUCUCAACGGUAGAGUGGUCAACUCAAGACUUUGCUCAAACUCGGAUCUCGACGUAGAUUACACUUCAUCAGCGAAUGCUGGUUCUGAAGGGGGAGUUAUUGUAAAGUUAGAGAUGGUGGUUGUUGGAAACCGGCAUUUAAAAAACAUCGAAGCAAAUAUUGUGGACACCCUGAAUGCUCGUAUGGUCAGAAGUGAGCCUGGAUUUCUACUGCCAGCACAACUGUCACCUGGUGAAACGGGAGAGUUACGAUUACAUUUGGCAGUCACUUCAAGUACCGUUUCACAACUACUUCGGGGAACCAUUUCGUACGUUGCAGAGGAGGAAAAUGUAAAUAUUGGGUGCAAAGCUGGUGAUCAGAAACUGGCUGACGUCGUAGUAGAAGAUUUGAAAGAAAUUUGUACGAGGCAAUAA